ACUCUGAGUGGGUCAAUUUGCUCUGAGAGGAUGCUUGGCAUGGCUUUGGGCAUCGGGGUCCUGCUGGCCCUGCUGGGCUGCACAGCCACCGAGGGCUGUGUGGCCCCACAGGAAUUGGUCUCCCAGCUGCUCCAGCGCUUGGAGGGAUCUGUCAAUCUCCAUGAAGCAGCAAAUCCCAGCGUCCUGCUGGCCAUGAACCUGGCYGGGGGGGACAGAGAUGGCCCCAUCUUCAAGUGGCUGCUCCAGGAGAUCAAGGAGGAGGCAGUGAAGAGAGCCCACAAAGACAUGACCUCAGGACAAGUGGCUCUGCACGUCCUCGCCCUYCUCUCCUCCUGCCAGGACCCCCAGCGUGUCCAUGCCCUGGACCAAAGCAUUGACCUGAUCCAUGUCCUGCAGCAGAAAACAGAUGAGGAGAUGGCCCAACUGGAGACGGAGGGGAUUCCCAAAACUUCCCUGUACAGCAUGAGCCUGGACACUCUGGCCCUGUGCCUGGCUGAGGCAGGCGGUGCCCAAGGGCCAUCAGUGGCSCUGGCCAAGCGGGUGCUCAGCCCCGAGAGCCAACUCUCCCUGGACACCCGUGCCAUGGUGGCGCUGGCGCUGGCCUGUGUCUACAGCAAUGUGGAGCUGCAGGAUGUGCAGGAACUGCUCCUGGAGGCAUUUUGGACAGUGAGCAACAGCCUUCUGGAUGAGCAGGAGAAGGGGAAUGGCAUGAUCGGGAAUAUCUACAGCAUGGGGCUGGCCCUGCAGGCGCUGCAGGCCACAAGGGAGUUUUAUGCCCCACGGAAGUGGGAUUGUGCCCAGGCUUUCUCCGUGGUGUCUAGCCAUGACUACCAGCAGCCCAUGGCCAUUGCCCAGGUGCUGCCAGCCCUGGUGGGCAGGUCCUACCUGGAUGUGGCUGGCCUGGACUGCAGUGCCACAAAGGAUGUAUCCCCAAGCCGACAGCUGCUCUUGUCCCCAACACUGGGGACACAUGGCGUUCCCAGAGCUCCCAUCCUGGUGCAUUACUCCAUCACCAACACGCUCCAAGGAAAACACUUCCAAUACUCCACCACGGUGACAGUCCCAAGUGGCUCCACGCUGCUGCAGGUGCUGGAGGUGGCAGCAGAGAAGAACCCCCAAAUCUUUAGCUUCGAGACAGAGAUGACAUCCUGGGGCCCCAUGGUGGUGUCCAUCCACGGGCUGGCUGCCAGCACAGAUGACAGGACCUAUUGGCAGUUCCUCAGUGCUGGGGAUGCCCUUGAUAAAGGGGUGGGCAGCUACAAGCCACACGAUGGGGAGCACAUCCAGGCCGUCUUCAGCACCUACUGAUACCACCAAGACACCCUGGACCUCGCCAUGGACC